AUGUUUCCUGAAAAAUCCGGAGAUCAAUUGUUUCAAUGCGUAAAAGUUGCAAACAAUAUCUUUCUUAUGGCUCAGGAUACAAUAGUUUAUCGUGCUUCCAUUGCAUAUAUUCUUCAACAAAUCAGAUCUUUCUUAUCUGCGAUUCAACCUUUAAAAAACAAAUCGCUUAAUCAGUCAGAAAUAGUGGCCUUGGAAAGGUUCACAGGAUUAGUCGCUCAUUUUUCAACAGUUAUACCGAAUUUAGGAUCGAAUUGGAUUAGGACAUGUUUAAACUGGCCUACAACUCAUGUCCAUGAAUACAUUGAUAAUUUUAGAAAAUCUCUUAUUGAAAUUUGCCAAUUAUUAUCAUUAGAUCCCGAUAAAGUUUUACAAUACGAUCAAAUCCAAGAUACUGUCAAUAAAAUUGCAGAUUUUCAGCACCUUAAGCAAGCUCUUACCGAAGUUCAGCAAAAAAGUAUUUCAAUUGAGAACGCCGUUGAUGUUCAACAGUUAAUUGAAACAAGACUUUAUUCGAUCAAUCGACAUUUGCCAAAGAAGAAUCAAGAUACAGUCGGCAUGCAUCACCCAACUACGGAAGGCGCUCCAAUGGAACAAAUCAGGUUCAGAAUGGAUGAUGCCUUGAAUCAAUUCCGUUCCAUUGAUAUUCCAUGCGAAGAUAUCAUUGUCGGAAAGACCCUCGGAUCUGGCGGCUUCGGCACUGUAUUUAUGGGAACAAGAAUCUCAACAGGAGAAUUAAUUGCAGUUAAAGAAGUCAGAAGUGACAAAUUAUCGAUUUCUACGUGGGCAUCUCUUUACUCAGAGGUUGCUAAUAUGGCAAACCUCAAGAAUCGUUACGUAUUGGAACUCGUUGGUGCUCAUAUCAAAGAACCUUAUCGUAUUAUUACAAGAUUCUGUCCGGGACGCUCAUUAUUCGACCGUAUACAUCGUUGUCCUCAGCAUCCACUCCCUCCUGCCCGUCUUACAGCCCUUGCUUACCAAGUUGCGAGCGGAAUGGCGUUUUUGCACUCGAACGGUAUCGUACAUCGUGAUCUCAAGACCAUGAAUAUUCUUCUCGAUGAAAGCGAUGCAGCGAGAAUCGCAGAUUUCGGUCUUUCCGGAAAUAUGAGAGACAAUAAAGAUCUUUACGGAACUCUUGGAACCCCGCAUUAUACAGCUCCUGAAGUACUUGCCCGUAAACGCUAUGGUCCAAAGGUAGAUUCUUAUUCUUUCGGUAUCGUUUUGUGGGAAAUGGAAACAGGUCUCAUUCCUUUCCGCGAGAAGACACACAAAGAGAUCAUUGACCACGUUGUUAACCGCGGCUGGCGCCUUCCUCUUUCUAGAACUGUUCCUGACAGUCUUCGACGCCUAAUUACUCGUUGCUGGUCCGAAAAUCCAGCAGAAAGGCCUGAGUUCGAGGAAAUUGUCGCACUUUUCAAGAAGGGGGAGGUCUAUUUCGGAACUCCAAACGAUCGUGUCCAAUUGGAAGCCGGAAAAGACUAUCCGCCGAUCGAUAAGGACCAUACCGUUCGUGUCCUGACUGAGCCUAACAACCCAGCUUUCUCAACACUUGUUGAUUUCUUCGUAGAUAACGUAUCUCCUUCAUUAUUAGACAGAAUAAGGACAUCCCGUAUUGUCGACAAUUAUACUAAGGACUCUGUCCAUCCAGAUAAAGUACUCUUGGCCUCAUCGAAGCUACUUCAACCGGAUGAAUUUCCGAAAUUCAUCCAAAACGUCGGCGGACCAAUCAUUGAGAUGAUCCUUGCCAAGGGAACACCAGCGCAAAUCACUGCAGCCAUCCGUUUCUGCAUUUCUGUUCCUUCUCCUCACACAAGUUUAGUUAGCAAGUACACAAAGACAUUUGUUUCAAAACUCGACGACCAAUCUAUCGCUCCUUAUGUUCUCAGACUAGUUGCUGCAGGUGGAGAAGGUGAAGUUCAAAAAUACCAAAAACAAUUGGUAGAUUUCUUCUCAAAACCAACAUCAAUUGUCGAAACACAAGAAACACUUAACGCUAUUACUUAUAUCAUACCUUUCAUUGCUAAUCAGCUGAAGAAUAUUGCAAAUCUUCUUUCUCUUCUCGAUGUUUCACUUUCUGUUCCUGAAAACUUUGCUCAGUUCUUAGUCGACAAUCUAAAUCCAGAUAAAGUUACUGAUUUGGUCACUUCACUUAUUUCGGCCGCUGAAAAAAGUGACAUCAGCAAGCCUCUUUGUACUGCAAUAAACAAGUGUACGGAUAAGCAGAUAGAGACACUUGCCGAUGACAAUAGGAUCCUUGAUCACAUACAAGGACUUUUGUCGUCAGGAAAAUGCGUACAAACUGCACUUUUACUGUUAUUUAGAAUGGCUAACAUCCCAACAAUAGCUCCAAGACUCGCCAACCAUCCAGCACUCGCAGCUCUGUUCGAAGUCAAGACUUUCACCGGCCAAAGACUUCAAAUUUUGACCGCAUUAGUACUUUGCAAACAAUUUGUUCUAGAUACAGCUAUGAUGAACGAUAUUUUGAAGAUUCUAGUUAGCAGCUUAUCCAUCGAUUCGCUCCAGAAGUACGCUCUUCUUCUUGUUGGAGCUUUAUCAAAUUCAUCUGAAGGCUGUACAAUUCUACAAGAAGCUGGCUUACUAGGUGUCUUCUCGCAGCUCUUCUUGAGUCCAGUUUGCAAUAAUCAGUACGUUGCUUUGACAAUUUUAAGAAAUUGCGCUCUUCAGAACGCAAACAUUUCCCAAAAGUCCCUGAUUAUUUCCUGUUUGAUGCAGGACUUGAGCUCAGCUGUAAAAGGCAGAACAACCAUUCUUUGGACAUUAAUUGCCUUACUCAGCCAAUCUCCUACAUGUGUACAAGAACAAGACAUACAGAACGCCGUUUUACCACUAUUGAGUGAGAGACAAGGCCCUGUAGUUAUUACUCUUUGUUUGAAACUGCUUGAUGCUUGCGAUAUGAAGAAACUUCGAUUGAUUUACAGACAAAUACUUAACAGAAUAUAUUUGAUACUUGCAAACGAUUUACUACUCAUUCCCGAUUUGAUUGCUGCCGCUGUACAGUUAAUUAUGUCUCUUUGGACAAUGUACAAACCAGAAGUCGUCCAAUUCGUCAGGGACUCAGAUUUCAUUGCCUUCUUGAGCGGAAUCAUCCCAAUGAUGAGUGAUUUCCCAGAACCACAAAGAUCAAUCCAAACUUCCCUGUUUUUGCUGUCACAGUCAUCAUUUGAUUCACAAGAAGAAUACCAUUCACCUGCUUCUGGAAAUGCUUCUAUGACUCAGAGAAAACAAAGUCAAUUUGUUCUUGAAGAUGAUUAA